AUGACCAAGACCUUCACAGUUUUAUUCGUGCUUGCUCUUGCUGUAGGAGUCUUGGCCUUACCAUCACAGGGUAAACUCGCUGCCAUCUUCGAAUCGGGUAAACCAGGUUCAAAGAACAUUGACGGGUUCAUCAAAUUUGAAGAAACCGACAACGGCAUAAAUGUUUCGCUUGAAUUUUCGGAUGGUUUGCCAGACGAAUUCGGUCCAUUCCCAUAUCACGUCCAUGAGAAACCAGUGCCAGAUAUUGGCGAUUGUGGACCAUUCUCCGUUGGUGACCAUAUUGACUUAACUACUGCCCCAAAUACUUUCAAUUGUUCGGCCGUCCAAGAUAAGAGUCUAUGUCAAGCCGGUGACUUGAGCGGCAAAUACGGCAAGUUGGUGUCGGACGAUGGAGCGGUUGCGUUUACGACAUAUACCGAUCCUUUUCUUCAAUUUGAUGGUUCCCCUAAGGGAUUGCUGAAUCGAUCGAUUGUUAUUCAUAUGCUAAACACUACCAGAUAUGCCUGCGCAUCAAUUGUCCAGUUUACGAUGUCAGCAGAUGACCAACUUGCAAAGGACUUUGAAUCUGCCUGCAAAUUCCUUGGACAGUCAUCAUCGGCAUUAGAUGAUACAAUAAAACUCAAGUUUUAUGGAUAUUAUAAGACCGCCACAAUAGGCAAAUGCACUGCCUCCAAGCCUUCUUUUUUUGACUUUGUAGGACGAGAAAAAUGGAACGCAUGGAAAGCAGUUGAUGAAUUGGACAAAGAAGAAGCAAUGAGGAAAUAUAUAGAAUUGCUCGAGUCUUUAAAUGUUGGAUGGGAUGUUAAUUGGGAAGCAGGAGCAGACGAGGUCAAGAAUAAGGAAUCUAGAGAACGAGCAAGGAUCGGAGGAGUUGCUGUUUCUACACUAGCUUGUGCAUCGGAUGAAGAGGAAGACAAUGACGAAUUAGACAGACAAGAUAUAUUUUAUUUUGCCAAGACGAACAAUUCCGCAGAACUUGUAGAAUUAUUAAAGUCAAAUACUAUAGACAUUAAUGCAAAAGAUGCGCAGGGAUUUGCUCCAUUGCACUGGGCUGCAGAUAGAGGACAUCUUGACAUUGUAAAAAUUUUAAUUGCAAACAAUGCGAAUGUCAACAUUCUGACUAAUGAAAAUGAGAAUCCAUUACAUUUUGCCUGUAUAUCGGAACAUCGGGCAGUGGCUCAGUAUCUAUACAAAUGCGGAUCUGACCCAUCGCUCGAAGAUAAUGACCAAUUGACUCCGUUAGAUUAUACCAAUGAUGGUUUCAAAGAAGCGGUCUUGCAUUCGUGA